GCUGAAGGAUGGCCCAUAGCACCUGCUGCUAUCUGGGGUAGCCUUCUGACAAUUGGUAAUGGGCAUCUAGCCUCCAAACACCAGGUGGAAAAACAAGUUUCAAGCCUCAGUUGUUGGCACUCCUGUAACUUUGUGAUGCAGUUCAGUUAGUGCUACUUGCUCUGCAUAUUCUUUGGAGCAGGACAGGAAUCCAGAUGUCACCUGUCCCAGUUAAGGGUUCUGAUCAUCAGGCCAGAUAAGAGCGUGUCUCACUCAAGAAAUAGUAAUUUAAUAAAAAACAAAUCAGUUCCACUAGGAAGGAACUGAGGGAGGUCUGUGAGCAGGCAGGGCUAGAAUUCUUGCUUGAGAGGUGUGGCACUGCUUAUCUUCUCUGCUUAUACCUAUGUACUGCCCAACUAAAAUAUUCCAUUAAUGUUAGGUUUAAUGGAACAAAUAACUUUUUCAUUGAAUUAUGGGGAAAUCUGAUAGAGAUAGGAAAGAAGUGUUAAAGAAGUAUUAAAUAGUUUUGAUAGUGUAGAAAGAAGUAGCACAUGGAACCUGGUGAUAUGAAGAAACUUGUCAGGUGUUCCUUUUGGGACAGGAGCCACCUCUUCUCUGUAGUAGCUCAUGGAGCACAAAAAUCAGAUCGUGAAAAUGGUGUGGGUUACAUAACUGGCUUGUCCAGGUGAAUUUUGCAAACACUGAAAUGUGUUGAAGCAGAGGGGACAGCAGAGCAUUCUGUCUGAUUUGGAAAAGGUGUCAAAAAUCUACUUGUCAGAGACAACCUAAGAGAACUGUAUAUACUUUGAGGGCUGCAGAGAUCCUGUAUUUUAAAAUAAAGUGUAGACAAGGCCAGUGUGUGCUCUAAGAGGAGCAUACACUUACACCUUCACUAAAAAAUGUUUGUGCAAUUGCACAUGCACAGCUACAACUGGCCCUGCCAGUCUGGUGUUGGUGCACAGGGAACACCUUGUUAGCUGGGUAUUCAGUUUAACUGCCCAACCAAACUGCUUAUUAGGUGAGAAUCUGACACUGAAUCACGGUUUGCAAAAGUUGCUUUAAGAGUUGCUAUUGGGAAAAUACUAAUACAAAGGUGUUAGACACUAUGUAUCUAGAUUCAGCUCCACAGAUAUCAAAAAGUUGAUGGUCUCAUUCUGCCCUGAAAUAGGAAAAUGACAAGAUUUCUUGAUAGGAAGGGUGUGGGUAUCUCACACAUCUUCACAAGUGGGAAGACUUCUUGGUGACAGAAUAUUAAUUUUGAGUAACAUUCAAACCAAAUUUAGUGGGCUUUUCCAUGAAUGUUAUUGAACCACAUUCUGCAGCUGCAUCUCGUUCUGGCUCCUUCAUCAUGGAAGAAAAUAUGCAGUUGAUCUACACAGUUGAAUUUUAGCAUUUUAAUGAUAGCCCAUCCAAAAGUAAAACAGCAACUCAGACUGCUGAGAAAAACAAACAGGAACAGUACACAGGUGAUGAACCUUUGAGUUUAGAAUUAUUAGUGACACACAGGAGCUGGCUUACAAGCCUGUCCCCCAUCCCUCCAUUCAUCAGGCAGACAAUGAAGCCAUCCAUCUGCUGCUGUGGAUGCCGGACGUGUUCCUGGGCUGGACACUGCCCACCCUGGGCAGUCAGCACUGCCUGUGCUGCUGCAGCUGCUUGCUUUUCCCCAGGCCUCUGAAGGAUGUAUCACACUGGUUGUGUGAUAUUGCAUGUCUGUGUGUGACAGUGCUGGGCUGCACUGCAGCCACACAGUCUGACCUUGGAGUAGGAUUGUUUAGUGCCAGUUAAAUGGUUUUCUUCAACAUGACAAAUCCGCAGAGAUUUGACUGAUCAGUAUUUUUCAUUGGAGUCGUAGGUAGGUGUUUCAGGAGCUUAGGACCAUCCUGUUGUCCUUCCCCUCUUCUCUCCCAGCCAUUUAGGAAGUCAUCCUGUGAGAUGAGAAGAGAAGGGGACCAGCUAUUAGCCUUGCCAGGGCCAUGGCCCUGCAGCUGUGGUGGAAUCCUCCUUGUGCCACCAGUAGGGCCAGGAGCAGGCUGACCUGAGCAGCAGGAGAACGUGAGUCAGGUGAGAGGAUGUCUUGCUCAUCAGGAUGGUUUGUCUGCUGGAGAGUGGACAAUGACCAGUGCACAAACUACAGCAGGUGACCUUAUUUGUGGAUGAGUCAGCUGUGAUUGCUGUCUUUUGAUGGGUGACAAUCCUCUGUGUGGUGAUCUACAUUGCCAUCACCCUGUGUUCCUGUCCCACCUGCUUGGUUCAUACUGUUACAGGCUCAGCAUGCUGCUUGUGGUACAGUGUCACCCAGACACAGCAUUUGCAAUGCAUUACGUUUCUCCAUAAAUCUCUUUUUCCACUCUGUACUAGCAGACCUUAGGACAGCCAUCAAUUUGAACAUCAUCUUUAAAACAAGUGCUGUAAGAUGGUUGAGAAAAGGUGAACAGGCUGAGCACCCUUGCUCCAGAGAAAAGAGAUCAGGGAGGAAUUUGUCUGUGGAUACACCCAGAGAUGUGGUCCGAAGAGGACAAGGAUCAAAUACCCCUGUUGGUCAAGAGUCAGGCUGUUAAUAGGUUUAAGCCACAGAAGGAAAACUCCAGUCUGAAAACUAAGAAAAUUGUAUAACUGGAGGAAAAGUUAGACAGUGGAACAUGUUGCCAAGACAGAGGUUGUGAAACUGGAGAUAUUUGAGGCUAGGCUAGACACCCAUCCAUCAGGGAUGGCUUUGGAAUAACUGAGUGAAGCCAGUGAACAAUUCAAACAGCUUGACUAGAUGACCCAGUAAUAGUCCCAUCCAAUCCAAAUAUGUUUGAGGCUUCAGAAAUGUAGUUUACAGCUUGUCCACUUCCAGCACAGUUAUCAUGUAUUACUGCUAGAUGUAGCAUCAGUACUUUAUGCUAAAGCCAAUGAUGUAUAAGACUGUAGUUGAAGUCAGCAUCUUUAAUAACUUUUUUUUCCCCUACUAGAUUCACCUUGCUCUUAAUCCAUGUGAAGAUCUGUUGGAAACACCUUCUGGAAACCCAAGAGUUUUCAAUCUCCUAAUAAAUUCUGUUGUGUCCAAGAAGAGCCCGUCCAAAUGAGCAAGACAUCCCAACAGAACACCACCACAGAUGCGAGCGGAGUAAGUGUGAUUCACACCCAAGCACACUCCAGUGGUUUGCAGCAGGUUCCCCAGCUGGUGCCAGUUAGUCCUGGUGGUGGAGGCAAAGCUGUGCCUCCGAGCAAACAGGGAAAGAAAAACUCCUUUGUGGACAGAAACAGUGAUGAGUAUCGUCAGCGCAGAGAGCGAAACAACAUGGCAGUGAAAAAGAGCCGGUUAAAAAGCAAGCAGAAAGCACAAGACACGCUGCAAAGGGUCAACCAGCUUAAAGAAGAAAAUGAACGUUUAGAGGCAAAAAUUAAACUCCUGACCAAGGAGCUGAGCGUACUGAAAGACUUGUUCCUUGAGCAUGCCCACAAUUUUGCAGAUAACGUGCAACCUGUUGGCACUGAGACCACCACAACAAAUCCAGAAAACAGUGGACAGUAGACACCUGCGACCUUAUGAAACAAACUCUUGAGGAGCAGCUUGUCUGCAGUGCCCAUGCAGUAACCAAGCAAAAACUGUACCUUUAGUCAUUGUUUUGUGGAGAUUUUCUUCUUUAAGAUUUAACACUGAAGAUUUGUAACAAUUAAACCAGAAACUGGUUAGAGUAUUUGUUUUAAAUAUUUUUCUUCUCAAAGAUUUAUGCAGAUCUGAACUCAUAACCAACAAGGAAUGUAAUAUUUAGGAGAUGACGUUUUCACAGGAAUAUUCACUCACCAUUUUAGACUUCGCAUAAUGGGAGGAAUCCAGCAGGAUGGCUCACUGUAGUAUCAGAAACUUGUAAUUGGAUAGAACGUCUUUUAAAUACCUGUUAGUGUAUUUUAGCCCUUUGUUUUCUCCAUUACAUAGUACAAACUGCAAAGGCUGUGGAGAAUUUUUGCUUUUUAGUUUAAAUCUGUAGGACAAGUCCUGAGAAGCACCACGUAGGUCCCUCCUGCCCAGGUAUAGUAAAUGGGGAGGUUGUAGUAAUAGUGAGCUGGGAUGCUUACCAAUGUUCACCAGAAAAAUAACAAUAUGCUCUGAUGAUGUGUACAGGCAGUUGGCCUCCAAAUGGCACGGGAAGCAUCAUGUACAAGAGGCAAAGCAGCACACUGACAAAGCUUUUUAUUUAAGCUUGUAUUCAUAUUGCUCACAUAGUGACUGGGGCCUUAUGAGAACAAGAGUUUGUUUUCAGAAAGUUUCAAAAUGCUACCAAAAAGCUGUGCCCUUGCUGGGAAGGAGGUAUUGGGGAGGACAAGAAGUGCAGCUUGGCUUAGGAGUGAAAGGGGCAGGACAGCAAGUGUUCAGCUGGGAUGUAUGGAUCACUGCUGGCUGACAUUAAUCUUACAGAAAUUUACAGAGAUUUUUAAAAUAAAUGGCCCUAGUAUGAAAAAGUGAUUUGGUGGAAUUUCUACACCCAUCAUACAGCUGUGUGAAGGAGUAUCUUUAGUCUUAUUUCCAUAGAAGUUUUUCUGUAGCAACUUUUUUAUUGCUACUGCUUAGUCUUUGCCAUGAUCCAUAAUGCAGUGCUAUGUGCUAUAUUGAGGAUUUAAACAAAGUAAAACAGGAACUUUGAUGUAACUUUAAUUUAUUUUCAUUUUUAAAUAUUUCAUUGAUGGUAUGGUUAUUUUACAUUUAACCUGUGUGUCUGUCUUGUAGAUUACUACACUGUCUCAAUUUCCCUCUUACACUACCUUUGUCCAUAGAUUAUUUUGGAGGAUGCUUGUUUGCUUUGUAUCUGUACUUAGGAAAAAACAUGGAUGUUAUCUCUAUGAAGAUACUGUUAGAGUAUGAAACCUUGAAAAGUUCUUUUUUGAAUUUAAACUUUUAAUACAUUUGGAUAACUUUAUGGAUUGUUUUGGAUUAUGUUAGACUUUUUACAGAUAUGGUUUUUUUCAUUCUAACUGCAUCUGAAGUUGGUAGGGUUGAAAUACCAGAAGCUAAUAAAAAUGUUUUGCUUGUAGUGGC